CUCCUGCUCCUGCCUGUGGUCACAUCUUGUUGUCUGAACUUCAUUGACGCGGUGACGCUGGUUUUUCUCUCUUAUUCAUUCAUGCUCUGCGGCUUUUGUAUUCAUUUCAUAACGUUUGUUUUGCUAACCGUUUUUACCGGUGUUUUUCAUCUUUCGUGCGCUCCAUCUCCGCUCGUUUCGGUUGUUUUUUGGCAGGUUAGAGUGGCCUGUCGACUUGGACCGUCACAGAGCAGUGAUCCAUCAGUCGCCGUUAAGACCUCCGGGCUUUAAGGAUAAGAUUCUUAUAUAGAGACGCUUACGUAAUCAGGUAAACGGAUGAUUUGAGCGCACGGAUUUGACGCACGCUUAGCGGUAGUCUGUUAUUUAUCUAGAUAGAAUAUUCUGUUGUAGCAAGAUCAUUUCCCGUCCGUGUUCAUGCCAGAUCUGCAGCGCUUCAGUUUUAAAUACCAUAGCAUGAAUCCUUUGUUGGGGGCCAAUACGCAUCUCCAACAGCACCCGCAGCAGAGCCCAGCGCCCGGACACCCGGACUCCCCCUCAGGCAUCCUUCCCGACUACGUCUUCGGUGGACCGGACCCGGCGUCUCUUCUUCUGGGCGAGCAACCCGGUUCUGGGCCUGAUCAGCUGGGAGUUGACUACACCGCACCCUCACAGACUUCACCUUACUUCCACCCCAACCACAGCAGCGCCUAUCCGCAGCGCGCAGUGCCGCACCCCCCCGCAGCGAUGGCCCUCCGAAACGACCUGGGAUCCAACAUCAGUGUCCUGAAAACCCUCAACUUGAGGUUCAGGUGUUUCUUGGCCAAAGUGCACGAGCUCGAGCGUAGAAAUAAGAUUUUGGAGAAACAGCUUCAGCAGGCCCUGGACGCCAACAAGACGUGUCCGGGUGGAUGCUGUGAGAACAAGGCGCACACCCAGGAGGUGGGUGUGCAGACCGGAUUCGUGGGAACUAUAGCCAUUAGGCCUGGCUCCCUCCCUUUCCACAACACCAACAACUCAGCCAGGAGGCCUACAUCGCUGUUUCCGCCGCCGCUCGCAUCAACCCUUCCACCAGCAGCCACCGAAAACUCAAACUCCACCCAAACGAACGCCGCUUCUUAUCCGGCCAUCACUAUCAGCCAGGCGUCCCCCUGUGUGGACUCUCCGGGAUCUGGUACCAACAGAACGGUCCAACACAACAGCACAGGUGUGGGCAAUUCCACCAACCCGCCUCCACGGUUCCUACCAGGGACCAUCUGGUCCUACAACCACACGCGCAAGUUCGGCUCCAGCGCCGAGCGCCUGACGAGCCCCGGGGUCUCUUGGAUGCACCCAGAUGGAGUUGGGGUCCAGAUCGACACCAUCACCCCCGAGAUCAGGGCCCUUUAUAAUGUCCUGGCUAAGGUGAAGAGGGAAAGAGACGAGUAUAAACGCAGAUGGGAGGAAGAAUACACCAUGAGAAUGGAUCUACAACAGAAGAUGGCAGACCUGCAAGAGGACCUGCAGGAGAGUGAGGGCUGCCAGGAUGAGCUGGCUCUCAGAGUGCAACAGCUGAAGGCAGAACUGGUUCUGUUCAAAGGCCUUAUGAGCAAUAAUUUGUCUGAGCUGGACAGUAAAAUUCAGGAGAAAGCCAUGAAAGUGGACAUGGACAUCUGCAGGAGGAUUGACAUCACCGCCCGCCUGUGUGACGUGGCCCAGCAGAGGAACUGCGAGGACGUGAUCCAGAUGUAUCAGGUUCCCAACAACCAGUCCCCCCUCAACUGCCGGCGUAAGCAAACCCCGUUGUCCUUUAACGGGAGCGAGGGCGACGAGCCGGUCAGCACCUCUGAAAGUGACGGAGGCGUUGUGAAAGAGGAGGAGCACUUUGGCUCAUCGGCCAAUCAGAUCAACGAGGAGAUGCAGAGGAUGCUGAACCAGCUGCGUGAAUGUGAGUUUGAGGAUGACUGUGACAGUCUGGCCUGGGAGGAGACAGAGGAGACAUUGCUUCUUUGGGAGGACUUCCCAGGAUGCGCUCUGCCUCCAGAUCCCACCCAUCCAGCGGGAGAGGAGGACUGUCUGGAAAAAGUAAUUAAUGAUACAGAAUGUCUGUUCAAGUCCCGAGAGAAGGAAUACCAGGAGACAAUUGACCAGAUUGAGCUGGAACUAGCAACAGCCAAGAGCGACAUGAACCGGCACCUGCACGAGUACAUGGAGAUGUGCUCCAUGAAAAGAGGCCUGGAUGUUCAGAUGGAAACCUGCAGGAGGCUCAUCACUCAGACUGGAGACGAUAACCCUGCUGCACCGGCACCAGCAGAGGAGAGUGACCAGAGAGAAAACAACAAGUCGUCAUCCUCUCCACCUUCCUCCGGUGCUGGGAGGUCCUGACACCUCCUCACUCGAUCCCUGCUGUCUUCAACCGCAGUACCACACCAACGCAAUACUCACCAAUAAAUGCGGCAACCCCAUGUUUACAUGUUGAAAAGUUUAACCACUGAAGCAUAUCGUUUGCUCUUAUGUCAUCCAUGCAGAUCAGUCAAGGGAGCUUUAAAGUUUAGAAAUAUUAUAUCUGUUAUGGAUUGUGAGGUGAAGAUUCAGGAGAAUGAAGGUCUGUUGCUGCUGUUUAUCUUUUUUUUUCAGUGCAGUAAGGCAGCAGGAACGCAUAACAAACCAUGUUUAUACUGCACACCACCAGAAGAAUCAUGCCAUGACCUUCUAAAGGUAACCUGGAAUCAGUGGAUGUUUCCCUCAUCAGUAAAGAAGGAAGCAGGGAUCAGGGAUCUCACACUUAAAGCCUAAUAAGAUGUCAUGAUACAGCAUUUUACUGCCUUGUGGUUGCAUUGCUAGUUUGCUUUGUGUCAUUAGAAAAAUAACUAAAUCAUGCAGAAAGAAAGUAAACAUACCAAAACUUUUAUUUUGGUCCCUGACUGUAUACAAAACUACCAACAUGCCUCGCCAGUCCUUCAAGUAUUGCUUGGCAUGUAACUUAAAAUGGUGAGCGACUGCUCUGAUCCCGCUCUAUUCAUAGACUGUGAAUCACCUCAUUUCCUGUAACCAGCUGUCACUGGGUGAGAGGCAAGGUUUAACCACGGACAAGUUGCCGGAGAGGGCCACAAAAAAAGAACGUAACAAACAACCAUGCACGCUCCAAAUCACUGCUAUGGUCAGUUUACUAUCAGCAGUUAGUCGACUGUGGCAGGAACCCAGGAUGCCUGGGGAGAAAAUGCAACAAGGUUCAUUACGAGAUUUGUACGAGGACCCUCCUUGUGUCCUCACUCAACUGUGCAUCAAUUUCAAAUUCCAAAUCUGCUGAUGAUUCCCUAAAUGGGCUACUGAUUUCUUGGCUAUUGCAAAGGGUGUAAUCCUACGCUACAUAUUGAUAUCACCAUAACUUUAGCUGUGAGGCGUUCAAAGGAUUUGCUCAGAAAAAUCCUGCUAGAAUAAGCAUUUAUGUCAUUUCACUGGAUAACUCACAACAACCAGAAGACGCAUUUUUAUGUGCAAAGUUUUAGCACCAAGAUCAUAAACAUUUCACAUCAUAGAAUACUCUGGAUGUUCCACGCUUUUUUUCCAUAGGCUAAAACCAGUUUAUAAAAAAAAGGGUAGGUUAAUUGAAAUAAUUAAAAAAAAUAAAAAUAAAAAUCUCAAGGUAAUUUCAUGGAGAUUAUGUGCUAAAUAAAAACCUGCUGUGGCAGAAAAGAAAGUUGUGACCAUCUGCAAACAUCCCCUGCUUUUUCUCCACUUUAUUAGGUGGAAACAGUUAGAGUAAGGCAGUAAAGCCCAAAGAUAAUGUUGGGGUGGGGGGGCUGGUCUUAGAUGUAGGCAUGAAAUUUGUUGCAGUGAUGAGACUGAAGUUAAAACCAUAGUUUUACUCCAGUCGCCAUGCUUUUUGUAGAUGAUAGUAAGUUGUUUGAGCAGCGCUGCCUUCUUGAGCAGAAUCGCUUUAUGGAAGGCGGAUGAGCUGAAGAAGAAAAAAAGGUCAUAAAAAUGCAAGUUAGCCACUGAGUGCCAAAAUGAAAUGGUCAGAUUAUGACUCAACAGGAAACUGCAAAGAAAAAAAGACUAACUAUUGCAGCGGAUGCUAUCUCUCCAAGGUGCUUGAUGUAUAUAACUAAACCUAUUUUUAAGCCUAUAAGCAUUUGCACAUAGAAAGUAAACAAAACUGUAUGAAUCAUAUGAAACAAUCAGCUAUAUAACUUGUAAAACAAACAAACAAGAAAUCACAUCACACGCUGGAAACAGAUCACUACCUUUCGUCUUCUUACCUCUUUUUUUUCUGGAUGUAUUUAAUCCUGACUCCAGAACUGCCAGGGCAAACGACGCCUAUAUCACUGCUUCCCAAUCAGACACUAUUUGAAACGUUGUCCUGGCUGUUGUUUCUCCUGUGUAGCUGAACCAUUCCCACCCGUCAAUAUUUUGUUUCAGUAACAACGGUCGGACAGAUUUCCGCUCAUGCAUGUGAGGCCGUCGGAAUCAGCUGAUUGUGUGAUUGGCUGAUUCUAAUAGCAGAAGUUAAGAGAUCUGAGGUUUACUGUGUGAGUCGUAAAAUACUAUUUCUCUUCAUAUUGUUUCCUUUUCACACACUGAGGGAGUCUCUGUGUAUGCAUGUGCCAGAGUGUGUGUUUUUGAGAGUUAUGUCUGUACGGUGAGUAUUUUUAAAAUGACUUUUACUGAGGCAUAUGCACGGCAUUGAAAAGAGCAGAAUGAAACAAUUUGACAGCGUUUGUAUUGGUUUCAAUUGACAUUUUAAACCCGAGCUGUCUUUUGGUCACCCCUAAAGUCAUAAAUCAAGUGAUAUAUCACUUUUUUCCAUCUGUAGACUUUCUUUAUGAGAGUCUGUGGUUGCCAAGUAAAGUCAGUUUUAAAAAUAGCUCAAGUUCAGGAAAAUGCGCCGGUUAAAUACCAAUGCUUUGGCAAAAUGACUGUACGAUGGCUUCGAAAUUAUUAAGGAAAUAAAGCUUUGAAUAUACCACAUGUGUUUAUAGGCUGCAAACGAAGACUGUCCAGUCACACACCUCAAAAAGGCUUUAAAAUAAGACACAAAAAUUCAGAUUGGUCUGAAAGGAUUCACAAUAAUAACUACGGCAGAUGAAAUGGUUUUUUUUUCUCUCCGUCUGUUACCUUGUGUUUUUGCUAAAGACUGACUGAAUAGAUUUAACAGCAGUUUGUGUCAUUUAACAAUUGGACAACUGUCCUGAGCAUCAGGAACAAGUGUGUGACUUUGCGACAAGGAAAGUCAUCUUGGCUUAAAAGCUUCACUGCAGAGCUACAGUAUGUAACGUGUAAAGAGAGACUGAAUGAAUAAAAAGAUGCAACUCA